CGCGUAGGUGUGCGGCGGUACGUGCGAGUUUUAUUUCUUCGUCCCGCGGUACGAGUGACGACGGGGUUACGUGUUCGUGACAGUCCCCUUUAAAAUAAAAAAUAAAAGGGUAAUUAACGCGCCUGGCGGAGAACCGAGCCUCGCUUGCCCGGAUAGAAUCACCUUUAUCCCGGGGACCGACAGUCUCCCGUAAGUUCGGUUACCUCGGACAGCAGUGAAACGUGCAUGGAAACCGGCGAGGAAAAACGGAUGAUCGUUGACAACGACGGCUGUCCAGGAGCCUACGAGCACGGACGUGAAAGAAAAUAUCGCAACGAUACGCGCGACGUCCCAGUGAACCGACUACCAGGCUCCGAUGAAUGAAUGAAUACCUUGUGCGCCGCGACCAUCGUGCUCCUCUUGACAGUUCACCUGUUACAACCCGGACUCGCGGCCACCGUAAACCUAACCCUAUUCGCGACUGUUCGAUUCCCCCCCAUCCAGUGUGUUUGAUCGUGAACUUGUGUUGACGGCGUGCGACGUCGUGUUUAUUGGAUACCGAUACCAUCCACCGUACACAUACGUGGCGAGCCCGCGUGUUACUCCGGCCGUGAAAAGUGUGGAAAACGGCGGCACAGUGCGAAGGACUGGAGACUCGUCCAGCUCGGCAGAGUGCGUGAAACGGACCGACGGGGAAUACCUGUCGUCUCUUGUGACAUUCGCGGAACGCGCGCGCGGGGAGGGGGGGCACGGACCGUCCACGAAAUAUCCAACGACUGUAGUCGGCUCGAUCUUCGAUUCGAUCGAUCAACUCGAUCCGCGGGACACGGACGUGUCGGGCCGGUGCGAGUCCCCAUCGAUUACGAGACGGUCCCAUCGAUCGCGGUAUCGGCGUUCAUCGCGUCGUGAUUUCGCGCCAAGGAUUACUCGGUCCCCAGCCGAUCUCUGUUUCGAGGAUAACUAGGGAGAGAGACGUUUCGUACCCCGAGGGGAAGGAUACAUACUCACGGACGCGAGUCCCUCACGGCGAAACUUGUUACGCUUUUGUGAUGUAUGCUCGAGAGUUCGGCGAGGGCUUUCCGAGUGAAAUCGUCGACUGAAAUACCGGGGGAGAAGCGGUGGUAUGUACUUUGCGGCGGCUGCUUCUUGAACGCGACGGAAAGGUUAAGGGACCGAUCGAUUUACCGUGGAAAUUUUCGAACAGGUUCUCGACACCCAGCGAUCUCGGUCGCCGUGCCUAUACGAACGAGCCAGUGACAGUAGAGCGUGAAGUGACCAGGUGUUUUUGGUUUUUCUAUUUUUUCCUCGUUUCGUUGACCGUUUCCCGCCCACGGAAAUACGUUCGCGAUUGUAUGAGAGUGGACCCCUGUGUUCACGCGCGUUCCCAUCGUGUCCGGUGUACUCAUCUAUGCUUGUGUAGCGGACUAUCGAGCCGACCAUGGAGGACCACGGAAUCAAACCGUUGACGAUGAGGCUGAUCCUGUUUUUCGUCGUGCUGUCAGCGACGACCCUCGUGAAAGGUGAAGGGAGCCAGUAUUUCCGAGUCAGACCACAGAACAGUUCUGUCCUCGAAGGUGGAGAGGUUACGAUAUCUUGCGAGGUCGAGAACAGAUACGGCAUUGUGCAGUGGGUCAAAGAUGGCUUUGCAUACGUCAUACAACAGAGUGGAGAAAUCAUCGGUCACCCUAGACUGAGAUUAAUAGGCGAUCAAAACGCUGGUAUCUACAAUCUGAAGAUCGCAGACGCUUCUUUGACCGAUGACGGCGAAUACCAGUGCCAAGUUGGCCCGUAUUCGCGCAUUAAAGCGAUCCGUGCCAAUGCCCAUCUCAGCGUCAUAUCGCCGCCGCAAAAAGUGGAAAUCAGCAAUCACCCGAACAAAAAGAAGAUCGAGGUGAAAGUGAACGAGUCGCAGCAAUUGGAAUGUGUAGUCAGAUCAGCGAAGCCAGCUGCGACGAUCGUCUGGUACCGCGGCAACACGCAGAUCAAAGGGGGCGACACGUCGAUCGCUCCAAUUUCCAUCGAGGGUGAUAAAGAGAUGCAGAAGCCUGGCGAGAACAAAAAGGAAUUACUCAAAUACGAUACUCACGGUUCCAUUACCAUUGUUCCCACGGCGGACGACAACGACAUGGAUUAUACCUGCGAGGCUAAGCAUCCCGCCAUACCCAUCGACAUGCCUCUAAGGGCCACCAUCAAACUCUCCGUUUUCUACCCGCCCGGCAUGCCGUACAUCGAGGGAUACACGGAAGGCGAGACGGUGAAGCGUGGACAACAGCUGGAGCUAACCUGCCGAUCGCGCGGCGGCAAUCCGCCCGCGCAGAUCUUCUGGUACAGGAAUAACGAGCACGUCACCACGGAGUACGCGACCAAAGGCAGUUUCUCCGAGAGCGUAUUGUCGAUCAUCGCGAAAGCGCAGGAUAACAACGCCAAAUACAGAUGCGAGGUCUCCAACAUCAUGAGCGUGGAACCCAUGAAAGUACACGUCGAUCUCACCGUGCUCUUCGCGCCGUCCGGAGUGACGAUCACAGGGCCAACAGAGGCGAAAGCCGACGAGCAAGUGGUGAUCACCUGCACGACAGAGAACUCGAACCCGCCGGCGGACAUAAAAUGGACGGUGGACGGGCACAAUUUCGAAAGCAACGCCUCGAGGACCGAUCCGGCGCCGCAAGGCGGCUGGAUCACAACGUCGAACGUCACGUUCACCAUAAACCGGACCAGCCGCAGCAUCGUCGUGAUCUGCGACGCCUCGAACGUCAAGCUGACCGAGAACGUCGUUAGGACGCACACCAUUAACGUGAUUUAUCCUCCGUCGAAGCUCAGUAUCACUGGCUACGAAGAGGGGACGACAAUUGACGCUGGCACAGUGCUGAGAUUGAUGUGCACCGCCACCUCCGGCAAUCCGUUGGCUACUUUGACUUGGUACAAGAAUGAUAAACAGAUUCAGGGAUCUACAAAAACACGCGAUCACGCAGUAUCCAGCGACGUCACGAUGCUCGUGAACGCAUCCGAUAAUAACGCGCGCAUACGAUGCGAGGGGUCAAAUUCUGCCACGGAGAUCCCGCUGAUGAAAGUCAUUGCCUUGAAAGUCAAUUUUCCACCAGACAAAGUCAAGAUCACUCGCGAGCCCCAAAGUUUACACGCUGGCGAAGAGGGCCGUAUCAUUUGUGAAUCGAGCAGCAGUAAUCCAGCGGCGGAAAUGUCAUGGUGGAAGUCCGGCAUUUUCGUGCAGGGUACCAAAAAUGGCACUAAACCCGGCUUACACGGUGGAUUUCUGUCGUUCGUCGAGCUCUCGUUGGACAUCACCGAAGAAAUGAACGGGGAAGUGUACACGUGUCAGGCGAGGAACAAUCAAAUGGAAAGAUCCAUUCACGACACUACGACCCUCGAUGUCUUGUAUAAGCCGACAUUCUCGUCGGUGGAACCUCACGAAUUGAUCGGUCUGGAAGGCGAACCUUUCAUGGUCUCCGUCUCCGCGACGGGGAACCCGAACGACAUAAAGUACAGAUGGACCAGGGACGGUUUGCCGUUGGUCAGCAGUAACAGGAGAAUAUCCGUUCGCGGGUCUAUGCUGAAUAUUACUAAACUGGAUCGUCACGAUGCUGGGACGUACAUUUGCGAAGCGACCAACGAGGAAGGGACGACGUUCUACCAGUUGAACUUAACCGUUCAGUACUCCGCGAAAAUUAAGCACACAUCCGCGUCAGGGAUAGUGUAUCCUCCAGGAAUCGAAGCGAAAUUAUUCUGCGAAGUGGACGGUAACCCCAUAGGAGACGAAUACGUCACAUGGCAGAAAGUCGGAUCGAACUCUGAGCUCUCCGGCCGAUAUUCCACCUCUUUUAUCAAUAAAACUUCUUAUCUACACAUCGAAAAUCCUGAUCAAGAGGACGUCGGAGAAUACCAGUGCAAAGUCAAUAAUGGGAUCGGAAACGUUACAUCCGACCCCAUUCUUUUUGUUACAAAUUUCAAACCACAGAUGAUGAACACACCCUUGACAAGAAGGGCAGCAGCGAACAAAGGCAUAAACGUGCAACUGUUCUGCAAAGCUCGAGGCUCUUCGCUGCCCCGAUUCUCUUGGACGUUCAAUGGAAAAACCUUGCUGCCGAAUGUCACUGAACACAAAUACAGUAUCACACACACGGAUUUAAGCGAAUUAGUAUCGGAGUCGACGCUGACCAUUUUCCGGGUGACGUCCCACGAUUACGGCAAAUAUGAGUGCCGCGCGAUGAACAAGAUGGGACAGUCGACGGACAUCAUACACCUGGACGUGACAUCGCCUCCGGAUAAACCGACCGAUCUCGAGGCUUAUAACAUCACUCACGACUCUGUCACUCUAAUGUGGAAAAGAGGAUUCGACGGGGGCUUACCGACAUCCUACCAAAUACGGUGGCGCGAGGCGCGCGACUACGAGGAUCGAUACUACUAUCUAGACGUUUCUCCCGGGGAAUAUAAAACCACGAUAACCGGUCUGUCCCUGGGGACCUACUAUGUGUUCAGCGUGAAAGCCAUUAACGAGAAAGGAGACAGCGGUUUUCUGCCCGACCUAGUCAAGGUCCAGACGCUACGGCCGAAUAACGCGGAGAACCUGCCGGACGUUCUCUUGGAAAAAGGGGAUUUUGCAAUGAAUUAUAUCUAUACGUUUGCAGCAACCUCGCUCAUCUUUUUUGUCAUAAAUGUACUGAUCAUCGUGUUGUGGUACAUUAUGAGAAAACGAAAUAAAGAUCGCAUCAACAAGUCGCAGACGACUGAUAUGUACGCACCGUCGACCGUCAACGGGGACACCAUGACCGGUGAAAUAAGUUCGGUUUCGGACGAGAAGAGCGACGUUAACUUCGACACUAACGAUUACGUGGACGAGGGACGGAAGACAGCAGCCAGCACUUAUUUAAUCGAUCAAACCAUGCAAGACUUCAGUAAAGCGAACUUAGAAAUGCAAGUGCAUCAUCAAGGAACACUUGGUCGACGUGGCAACCACAUUCAACCGCCCAUGAUGGAUUCGCCGCCGCAGCGAACGACAGCCAGUGGCACGCUAUCUGUAUCAAAGUCAAGCUACAUCGGUAACCCCAGCCCAGCGCCGCCGAACGACGUGAACUUCUACAGCGUGGAGAUCGACAACGGCCGUUACAUGGGAUACGAGACAAACCACAGCCCGAUCCCGGUAGUCGGCGAGCCAGGCUCGGGCACUUAUUACCCGUCGAUGAGCCCAACGGGACACCUGGUUUCGGGCCACUUGAGCAGCGGCACGGGCACGCUGACGCGGAGCAGAACUCUGCCGCGCCCCGUGCCGCCACCCGAUGUAACAGUGAUGACCGCUGGAUCGAAAUCGCCGAUCCCGCCGUCGGUGCCACCUCCACCGACGACCUUCGCCCGGUCUAUGCCCGGGAACGCGCACAUCCACGGCCACUCCCUGUCGACCUUCACCCCAACACCUGCCUACUCCGACAUCGACGGCCAUCUUGUCUGAGGAUCACCGAUCUUCGGCCCCAGCUCGGUACGCGGCAAGUACCGCGCCGUGCCGAGGGACGAGACCACGAUCACCGUUACAGAAAGAACCACUCGGCUUUAAAAUCCAUUCUGACACUCGCGGAGUGAACACUAAACCCCGACGACGGAUCCAUCGAUCACCGUUGAACGGCGUCACCGAGCAGCAUCCUCGGAGCGAGGUCAAAGCUGUUGACAGCCGCGAUCGCGGUGGUCUCAUUCUCCACUGUCCGUUUCUUUUUCAUUUUUUUUUCUUUUUUUGUUCACUCUAUUCGAUCUUCAUUCGUGUGGGUGCACCGACGACCAUUGAUUAUCCUCUUCGAACACGAAAGAAAGUAAAGAAGUAUGUAAAUACGAGAAAUAUCGACCGGCGCCGGCGUGGCGCCGAUCCAUUAACGUAAUUUUAAAGUAAGCACGCGAACACCGCGUCCCCCGCGCUCGUUCUCUUCAUUUCACGCGGGCAAAAGUGCGUUUCUUUGCCCUCGCGCUUCGACUUCGUAGUUUUAUGUUCACGCAUAUCACCGCCGCGCGGUUCGGCAAACACGGACGAUCCCGUGGCGACGAUCGGUACUCGGCGAGAACACCGGAUCGUUCGCCGAUCGACGAAAUUCGCGAGCCCCGCCACGCGAAAGCCAUGCGUUCUCCCGUUUUACGUUCGCGCUCUCGCGAGAGACCGGUUCCCUCAGUUUUUCCUUUCUUCGGGAUUUGUGCAUCCGACUUCGUUCGCAGUGAAACAGAGAAGAAAAACGUUCGGCCGUGUGUGCUUUUCCACGUGAACGUGACGGGACGGAUCGUCGUACUCGCGCCGACGGAAACGGGCGUCCGAUGACCGGCGUCCGGCGUCCGCGAGCACAAAGGUAUAGUAUGGAUUUUACGAUCACGUUAUGCCUUACUAUCCUCGUCUUGGAAUAAGUUAAUCGUAGUUCGUACCGUCGACUGACAAACCCGUGCAAUCUAACGGUGAAGCAACUGGCGGAGAUACAAUGAGGAGGACGAACAUCUCAAUGAUCCAUAGUUACACACACAUUUCCUAGAUUCGAACGAUCGAUACAUGGCUGUAUUGUGUUCGUUUGUCGUUUGCGUUUUCUACUGACUCGAUACUCAACGGUCUACACGGGAGACGUCCACGGAUGUCUCGGGAAUAUUUCAAUACUGUGCAGAGCCGGGUCGCCUGGCCAGCGAAAGGAACGAAGGUUUCAUUGCUCGCUGUAACCUUCUUCGUGUCUGCUCACCUUUUUUCACGCAAUUGCGAAGACAGAGCACAAGUAUAUUCGUUUCUACCUAAAACGGUAUCGUCAGAUGAAUCUAUACCGCUAAUUUGAACGUGUGCCAACAGGAAUACGGAGGCGAGACCUCGGGAAUUUCAUUGAGUUGUUCCUUUCGCCCACUGGUUGGCUGUGCACAGUACCAAUCACUUGAAAGUAAAUCCCAAUUCGACGAACACGAGCCACGAACCGAUCAUCAGCGACUGGAAACACGUUCGAAGGGUGUUGUCGAUGACUCGAACGGUCAGAGUCGAUGGUGUCCCGGUGUCGUCGCGUUUUUUUCUCGUUUCGUAAGUACGUACGACCGUCCAUGAUUUCGUUACGCGAUUUGUUGCGGGAAAAGAGAGUGCGAGAGGUCUAUGGGAACCGAAAGAAGAUCGGGCCGACUUUCUUGGUUGAAAUUUCGAUGGAAGCGAGACAAUCGUUUUACGCAGGGAAACAGUUGACGACGUUCGUAAGAGUAACCGUUAGUGAAAUUGACAACUGAUUUCCUUCUUGCCCCUUCCUCUUGCUAAUUGAAAACGCGACGCGCUCUCCGUCUCGAUCGGAACGGAUCUAGCUGGUUCUGGGAAAGGGAAAAACGCCAAGGAGUGUGAAACGAGCGGAAGCUAGCACGCAUCGGCGAAUUGAACUCGGAUGUGCUCGGUAGGUGUCGAACGCUAGGCGACGCUUUUAGGUAAAUGCAAAAUUUCGAAGUUCGCGGGGUCGAAGUUUAACCUGGCGGGUUGCGUUGACCUACUUACUCGGUUGGAAUGUCCGCGAAACGGUGACUCGAUCCCCGCGUCUUUUUUUCUUUGUGAACGUUUGAGAUCGCGGAAAUUCGAGCGACCGCAUCUUUUCGAAGUAUAGAUUCGACUCGAGGUUUGUUAAUGUUGUUUCUCUUUGCUUUAUCCGUUUACACUGAUCCAUACUCGGGAAAAGUAAAUAGAAGAUACUCGGGAAAUUAUUGUCUAACGUUUCUCUUGUAAAUAACUCGAAAGAAACGAAAGGAAGCAAGAGUUCCGUUCUGUUCGCGACUAUAUACAAUUUCUUGAAUUUCGGAACCAGUCGUGGCUAUGAUUGAUCUUCUAUCCAUCGCAGUGGAAUAUGGGACGAUAAUUAUACUCAUGAUUUCAGAGCAUUCGUCUUUCGUUAUUUCAACACUUUUGUACUUUUUAUAAUCAUUUGUGACAAGAAAAACGUUCGACUAUAACGACCUGCGAGUUUCUGCGCGAGUACAGUGAUUCUUUCGUUCUCGUUGAUUUUUAUCAAUAUCCUAGAGUCGUUACUUUCCUUCGCAAGGUAAAAGUAGAGAAUGCAAUUUCUCACUGCCGAGUCCUGAAGUCAAUACUAUGGAUAGUUGAAUUGAUCGGACGACAGAAAUGAAGGGAUCAGGAAAUGCGUUCGCGUAUUCUUGAUCCACGGUUACGGCAGGCCACGCGCGGAAAUAAAAUGGCGCGCGUCACCCUUGACAUCGUUAUGUACAGUUCUUCUUCGCACGUUUGAUAUUAUUAACGUUUCGUUCGGCAACGGUGCGACCGUUGAUGUUACAUUCAUUAAUUGCCGAAGUAAAUAUAUGUUACGAUAUACAAUAUAGCACAGAAGAUGAACGACGAAAAGCAUUACUCUAGAAAUUAGGAAAAUAUCUAUAGGGUGAACUGUUUUCACGUGAUCGAAGGGCGUGCUGGUUUUGUUCACGUUUUCGGUCGGGUCUGGUUCACGAAUGAGUUCGGUUUAGUUGGAUUUGACGGGACCCUCCUAGGAUAGACAUUGUUUUUUGAUAUACUUUAUUCUUACGAUACGCGGUAUACAUUGAAACGAUACUUUUUAUAAUUACACUUUACUGAGAAAGCUGCCAAAUAUUUGCAAAUAUUGUCAAUUAACGAUGA